GCAAGGGCUGCGAGCUGUACUACAUACUGCCGUACGGAAGGCCGUCUGGCUUGCAAUCGGCUCGUGCUGUUGUUCUUUACCGUGCUGCCGGGAAUGCGANGUGUCGGACUUGUAAUUCCUCCGCUCCGUCGUAGCAGCAGUGCUGUCAUCUUUUUUGUAGCGCUGACAUGCCAUGGAACACGUGCUGUUGUCCCCGAUUUUCGAGUUCAGAACAACACACAGCAACGAAUAGACACCUUAUUUUUAUUCCGACACGUGUGUAUCUAUUUUUGCUGCUCCGCCGUACACGCCCGUCUCCCGUUCGUCGCUGCUGCUGCGGCGACAGGUGUGCGCGGCCCUGAAGGUUUUAGCAUCGGGAAAUACCUUCCAGGACGUCGCCACCUUCUCUGGGAUGAGCGUCGCGACCGCCGAGAAAUCAUUCCACCACUUCUGCGAGAAGUUUUCGGCGGCGCUCUGGGACACGUGGGUUAAACUCCCGGUUGGAGACGAGCUGAAGGAGGUGGAGCGGGUCUUUCGGAAGAGCGGCUAUCCGGGGGCGAUAGGUUCGACGGACUGCACUCACUUCAGGUGGCCAGGCGGACCCUCUUCGGAGGCUCGCAUGAACACCGGCAAGGAGGGCUACCCGACUGUGGUCGUGGAGGCGACAUGCGACCACACCGGCCGCAUCAUCGCAGCGACCAAGUCAUAUCCAGGAUCGGAGAAAGACAAGACCAUCAUCCAACGCGACAAGUCCAUCUGGCGAAUCCGAGCCGAGGAGCCGUGGAGCAGUCUCAAGUACAAGUUGUACAACGCGGACGGCUCGGAGACGGAGUACAAGGGUGCCUGGCUAGUCGUGGACGGGGGCUAUCAGAAGAUCCCGCUGCUUAUACCACCCAUCAAGCAUCAUGCCACGGUCGAGGAACAUGAUUGGAGCAGACGGUUGGAGAGCAUGCGCAAGGGCAUCGAGUGCUGCUAUGGAAGAGUGAAGGGACGCUUCCGCCUGUUCAAGGCAGGCAUUCUCUGUUAG